AUGAAUCCUCCGGAGUUCCAUGGCUCCAAAGUGAGAGAGGAUCCUUAUGAGUUUAUGGAAGAGGUUCUCAAGAUACUUGAUAUUAUGGGAGUGAGUUUGGUGGAGAAAGCGGAAUUGGCUGCUUAUCAAUUGAAAGGUGUUACUCAAGGGUUAAGGCUUAAGAAGAAGAAUAGGGAAGUGAAGAGGGCAAGGACCAAUGAUGGAAAUUCUUCCAAAGGUAAAUUCGAAGGUCAAGGUAGACCAAGGUUCAAGGGGAAGUUCUCCAAUCAAAGCUCCUCUAAUGCUCUAAGGGGAAACAAAGGUAGGGUGUCUAACCCUAAGCCUCAAGGACGCAAUAGUGGUGGAUCUUCCAUGAAGAGGCCUACUUGUGCCAAGUGUGGCAAAAAACAUGAUGGUAAAUGUCUUGUCGGCAUGGGUGUGUGCUAUGGUUGUGGUAAGAGUUGCCACCAAUUGAAAGAUUGCCCAACACGUACGACCAAGGGGAGGGAAAAUAAACAAACUGCUCCAAGUGGUUCAAAUUCUGAUGCUCCCAAGAAAAACUACUUUUAUGCUCUUCAAGCUAGAGGUGACCAAGUUAGCUCCCCGAAUCUGGUUACCGGUACAUUGCAAGUUUUUCUUAUUGAUGUUUAUGCAUUAUUGGACCCAGGUGCCACUCUAUCUUUUGUGACGCCCUUUGUGGCGAUGAGGUUUGAUGUUCAUCCGAAAGAAUUAUUAGAACCUUUUUUGGUUUCUAGCCCAGUUUGUGACUCUGUGGUGGCUAAGAGGGUGUAUAAAAGGUGUCCCAUUUCCUUGUCCCAUAGAGUUACUUUUGUUGACUUGGUAGAACUUGACAUGUUAGAUUUCGACGUAAUUCUUGGUAUGGAUUGGUUGCAUGAUUUUUAUGCUUCAAUUGAUUGUAGAACUUAG